CGCGGUGUGAAGUGGCGCUACACCGAUGAGCUCAUCAUCGGCACCCUCUGUGCACGCCGCGGUGCACCAGCUCUCUGCAUGGUGCGCCCCGAACGAUGUGCGCGUGGUCCUCCUGGUGGUGGGCGCCAAGCAGCUCGUGAUCGUGUACGACCCGACACCUGCUGAGGCCGACCAGCUCAUCCGCAGCUCCUUCCCGCCCAACGGGGUCCCCGGCCUGUUCCGCACCUGCAUCCGCAACUGCGCGGUCGCAGACGCUGCUGACGCCAUGCUGCAGAACAGCCCCUUCCUUCAGCGGUUCACCACCUCGGUCGCGCAGCACGGCUUCACGUUCGACUCUACGACCGUCAUCAAGCUGCGCCCCGACACGGUCAUCAGCAACCGCGAGGACCAGACGCCCUUCACCGACCUGCGCGUCACCGGCGCCAAUGCCGCGCGGAUGCAGCUGGGCGGAAUGGGCACGCUUGAGGCCACGACUGAGGGCGCCUACUACAACAGCCCGAUCAUGGCCGUGAUGCUGUCAGAGGACACCACCCUGCCCGGCGCCAAGGCCACCUUCUACACGGUCGGCAUCCUGUCUGCUGACCGCACCUCGUCCGUGCGUGUCAAGCUGUGCAUCUGGGCGUCGUCUGGCGCGCUGUCGUACGAGGCGCACGUGCUGCAGUACGCACUGGACACCAAAGACGCCAUCGCCCUCAUUGGCUACCGCCCUGAAUCCGGCCUUCCUCGGGCUGUCAUAUACACCCUGCCUGGCGGUCAUGACCUGUCCAGACACUGCCUGCUUCACCGCCAGCUGUUCUUGCUCUUCACUCCAGCCGUGCUAGUGGUGCUGCUGCCCCGCUCGGUCCGCGGCUACAACGUCCUGGCCGGCCUCGACACUGAGCUGGCGCCGGCCACGCCCAUCGCUGCCGGUGCCGGCUCUGGUGACGCCGCCGCCGCGGUGGCGGGCAGCCCAACUGCGGCGCCGCGCGCGCUGCCGCCGCCCGCCCCCAUGCCCAAGGUCCAGCCCAUCGCCGACGAGCUGGUGGACCUGGUGGGGACCGGCUACGCCGACAUGAGCGACCGCCUCAUCAUUGACCACGACACCCGCCGGAUGCGCAUCAUCAGCGGCCUGAAGUUUGACGUGCUACGGGUGCGCGGUGACGGUGUCAGCAGCAGCGGCUCCCCGCCGUUUGUCUGCCUGACUGCAUUCCGCAACAAGGCAGGCAACGCAAUCAAUUGAACAUGCACUCACAAGGCACAGCAUGGACCCCACAGGCUACCCCGCCAGCGUCAUGCACCGAGACCUGGCGCAGGACACGAGCAUCCAGAAGGCCGAUAUCAAC